UAGGCCUGGCUAGUUAUAAUCACCAUCGCUUCCUUUCGCUGCCCUGCAAAUCGUCCUCUUCUUGCUUUCUGUUCUUCUCAUCGCCGGCCACCAAUCGCUUCCAGCUUUGAAAGCUUUCUUACCCUUUUGUUCACCGUCUAUUUGAUUCGUUCAUACAUUAUACACGCCAGAGAAGCUUCAGUCUUUCUUCAUAGAUAUAUUUCCCAUUUCAAAAUGGCGUCAUUCGAGUACAAUAGAGCAUGGGGAGUUAUUUUGCCUGUUCUCUUCUUGAUCUCAUCGAAUUCGCCAAGCUGGGUUCUUGGAGCUCCUCAAGUGCCGUGUUACUUCAUAUAUGGGGAUUCCCUCGCUGAUAAUGGGAACAACAACGAUCUCGAGACUCAGGCCAAAGCGAAUUAUCCUCCUUAUGGGAUUGACUUCCCCGACAGAGCCACCGGAAGGUUCACCAAUGGCCGCACCUCCGUCGAUAUCAUUGCCGGACUCCUGGGGUUUGACAGAUACAUUCAACCCUUUGCAUCUGCAAAAGGGAGCGAGAUACUCAUCGGUGUGAAUUAUGCAUCCGGUGGGUCGGGCAUUCGAGACGAAACAGGACAGCAACUGGGUGAUCGAAUCAGCUUGAACCAUCAAUUGCAAAACCAUUUGGUCACAAUCUCGCGCGUCAGAGACAUGUUGGGAUCGAAUGCUACGGCAUACUUAAACAAGUGCAUAUACACGGUAGGAAUGGGAAGCAACGAUUACAUCAACAACUACUUCAUGCCAGACGUAUAUCAAACCAGCAAGCUUUACACACCUGAGCAAUACGCCGAUGUACUAAUCAAGCAAUACCAACAACAGUUGAAGACAUUGUAUUCCUAUGGAGCAAGGAAGGUGGCAAUAUUUGGAUUAAGUGUGAUAGGUUGCGCCCCAGCAGAAAUUUCAAGAUUUGGGACCAACGGAUCUCUGUGCGUCGACAAGAUCAACAGUGCGGUUAUGUUAUUCAACGACAGGCUCAAACCUCUCGUUGAUGAACUGAAUCGCAACCUGGCCGAUGCUAAGUUCACCUACAUAGACUUUUUUGGAAUCUCCACUGCUGGACUUCCAGCUCUUCGAGUUGCAAGUUCAACCUGUUGUAAGGUUCGGGAGGAUGGCAUGUGCAUUCCCUUCGAAACUCCAUGCUUUAUUAGGUUGUUACACGCCUUCUACGAUGGAAUUCACCCCACAGAGAUAGUGAAUUUGGUGUUUGGUGCAAUGGCUUACAAAGCUUUACUUUCUUCUGAUGCUUACCCUAUUGAUAUUCAUCAUCUUGCGAUGCUCUGAAGAAGAAAAUAGUGAGAUUAAGUGCUCAUGUGUGCAUAUUUGUUCAAAAAGUUUCAAUUGAUAUUGGUCUAGUUGUUCAAUAAAAUCUCCAAAACAG